AUGUAUGCCGGAUCACAUUAUUGUUACACUGGAACUGAUGAGUAUGAGGAGAUGGAAAUAGAGAAUGAAAUUUUAAAUCUUCAAGACGAUCAGAUAACCAAUACCAAUACAAAUAAUAACAACAACAAUUCAUUACCCCAACCAGCAGCACCACUCUCCACUUCAUCUAAACCAUCAUUUUUAAGUUCAUUGUUUGGUAGAUCAGCACCUGCACAAUCAAAUGCAGCGCCUUCAACAAACAGUAACAGAGUAGCACCACCACCAGCAGCACCAAAACCAAUCAAAGGAAAAAGAGAAAAGAAAUUGGUAAAGAAAGCAAAUACCAAUAUUUUAAAUAUCAAUUUGGGUACUCUUUCAAAUGAACCAACCAUUGCCACUGGAGAUCCGCUACACUGUAAGGGUUGUGAUGUCAUCUACAGUCAUAUCAAUAACUUUACAGAGGUAAAGAAUCCAGAUGGCACCACCGCCAAGAAUAUACCGACUGGUGGUGGUGUCAAAGAUGGUGUUUGGACUUGUGAGUUCUGUGGUGAACCAACACCUUUCAAUUUGGAUUCACAAGAGAUUCCAACUUCUAAUAUCAUUGACUAUGUCUUGGAGCCAGCACCUGUCACCACCACUACAACGGCCAAUGAAAACACACCAAUGGUAGAGGCCAAUCCUGAUUCAUCGCUUGUUGUCUUCUGUAUCGAUGUCUCUGGUAGUAUGCAACGUACUUAUGACGUUCCACAGGGUGUAUAUCUCCACGGUUCAAAGACGAAAUCCAACUAUAUUUCCAGACUCCAGUGUGUCCAAUAUGGAAUUGAAGCACAGCUUGAAACUCUAGAAAAAGAUUAUCCAAAUCGUAGAAUUGCUAUUAUCGCUUUCAAUGCCAGUGUAGUUGUCAUCGGUGACGGAACUGGUAAGCCAAUUACCAUUCCAUCGUCCGAUCUCUAUGACACUCAAAAAUUGAUUGAUGCCGGUACCAAAUGUACUUUGGAUCAACCGAUCUCCAAAACAAGAGCACUACUCUUGAAGAAAGUAUUCGCAAUGGAUGCCGACGGAAGUACUGCUCUCGGUCCAGGAAUUGCAGUUGCCGUCGGUAUGACCGCUGCCAUCCCAGGAUCGACCAUCGUCUUGGCAACGGACGGUCUGAGCAACAUCGGUGUCGGAUCGGUUGAAUCCUCCAACGUUUCCGAGGCUGCCAAGUUCUACGAUGAAAUCGGUCAGAUUGCCAAGAAGAACGGUACAACCAUCUCGGUUCUCACCAUCAAGGGAACCGACACCAAGUUGGAACAAAUCGGUCAGCUUGCAGAGUUGACCAAUGGAAAUGUCGAUAUUGUCGAUCCACUCAAGAUCAAGGAAGAUUUCAAAGCAGCUUUGGAGUUACCAAUCCUCGCCACCCAUUGCUCCAUUAAGGUGCGUCUACAUCGUGGACUCUACAUCUCGGAUCCACUGUCACCAACCGUCGACCAAUCCUCGAUCUUCAAGGAGAUAGGUAAUGUCAACCAAGAGACAAUCGUUGCAUUCGACUAUGGUACCAUCAAAGAUAGAAAGAUCGACGAAUCACUCAAGUCAUUGCCAUUCCAAUUACAGAUAACCUAUACCACCCUCAAGGGUAUGAAGUGUCUGCGUGUCAUGACAAUGACACAAGAGACAACCAAAGAGAAACAACUGGCCGAGGAACACGCCAAUAUCGAAGAGAUCGGUAUCAACAUGGUUCAAAACAGUUCCAAGGUUGCAGCAUCCGGUGAUUACAACAAGUCGCGUGCUGUCAACCUUCAGAGUGCCAACAUGAUGAAGCGUAUCAUGACCAACCAACAACAACAAAUUCAAUCACCAGUAAUCGACCAACAAAAACAACAAUAUCUCCAAAAACAACAACAGAAUGCACAAGUCUGGUUGCAACAGGCUCAAACCCUCGAAACUACACUCACCACAAAUCUCCAGAAAGAAUCACUUAACGAUCACCUCUCAGAAGAGGAAGUCUAUCGUCAACGUAAAUCAGAGAGAAACGAUGAGACCGCAACUAUGUUAUUCAACAUGAAACAAAUGAACUCUCGUAAAGCAAGAAAGAAACCAAAUUUAUUGUUGUUAAACCAACUUAUAAGUGGUAGACAACCACAACAACAACAAUGUUUGAAGAUCAGUUAUAUGCCAUUGUUAAGAUAUAAUACUAUUAAUAAUAAUAGUAGUAUUAGUAGUAUUAGUAAUAUUAGAUCAUAUUCAACUAAAAAUAGUAAUAAUAAUGAUGAUGUACAACAAAAUAGUAAAAAUAAUAAUAAUAAUGAUAAAGAGGAACAAGAGUUUCAAGCUCAAACCUUUCAGGUAAUAACACCUCCACCACAGGAAGAAAAGAUGGAAUGGAAGUUGUUUGGUCAAGGUAGAUCCAUUAGUAAUCUAGUGAUGUUCUCCAUUGGUUUUAUGAUGUCUGCUUUCACACUUGGUGGAAUCACCUUUUCAUUGCUCGAAACUGACAAAUCACAUGAAUCCUAUGAGUAUUAUAAUAACUUAUUAGAUUAUUUUUGGUGGGCACCACCCAUUGGUUUGUGGCACAACAACGGUGUACUUGACAAAGCAAUCGAUGAAUACAAACAAGGAACCAUAUCACCAGAAGGUGUAAAGUUAUUAUUUAAUAUUUCAACAUUCAAAGCUGGUAGACAAAUUCUUUGUCAAAAAGGAUUAAUCGAAACUAUUUGUAAUCGUAUUGAUCAAUUCUUUGAAGAAGAUAAUAAUAAUAAUCAAAAUAAAUCAACUAUAAUUGUUGUCAAUAACAACAACAACAACAACAACAGCAAUAAUAAUAAUAAUAAUAAUCAUCAUAGUCAUGCACCAUUAAUAUUGAAAUUCCAACCAAGUCCAGUAACUGGAUAUGAAUUAUCAUUACUUGUUAAUCUCUCUGUAUUCAAUGGAAUCGAUGUAUCACCAAGUACCAAAGCUAAAAUAUCUGAACUUCGUAAGAAACUACCAGAUGGUUUUAAAUUCCAACGUCCAUUGGAUAAUGAUUUCUUUAUUGAAAGAAGUCAAUUAUUAACAAAUAUACACAGAUUAUAUGAGAAUCCAGUUGGAUUGAGUGGUUUGUUGUUAUAUGGUUUGGGUGGUGCAUUCUAUGCAUUCAUGAUGUUGCGUAAGCGUCCUCAGUCGACUCGUCGUCUUGGAAUGAGAAAUACAGCGAUGGCCAGUAUGUUGGUUGCAGGUGUACACACCUACAGAACGAUUACCUAUGACCGAUUCAUCGAUAAAGCGAAAUCAUACCCUGGCUAUCUCGUGCGUAUCGAAACUACAUCGCUACUCUACUCGACAGCGAUGAUGUUGGUCUCUGGAUUCCCUCACCUCUAUUGGAUGUUACCGAGUCUAACAAUGUACUUUGGUAUCAGUGCCUACCAAGCAUUCUCAUUGUUCCAAUUACUAAAGAGUGAUCUACAAAAGGAACUUAAUCGAAUCGAAAAAGAUAACUAA